AUGGCGAACAAGAAGAGUUCUUCAAGCAAAGCGGAAACCUUGAAUCCAUUGCCGGAAUCAUCCAAUGGGAAGCUUUUUGGUGUAAAUGGAGAAAAGGCGGUUUUUCCAACGACACCAAUUAUUGAUAAUAGUGCACUGAACGACACCAACUCAGUUGAUGUCUUGCCAGCAUCUAAUCUCUCCUUGAACAAUAGCAUCGUAAAUGAUGCAUUUCCUUCCGAUGCUGCUGUCGAUUCACUUCUACUUGAUGGCACAACAAAUCUGAAUCCAAAUGUGCCGUUGUCAAAUAUCCAUGCAAACCAACAGGCUCGUGUUUCCGCUUCUAAUGGUAGUGGCCAGCCAAUUAUAACAACUCCAAGUUCAAUAGCAAGUACGCCAGGGUCCAAGCUUUUAAAUCCAGAUCCUACGACAGAUGUGCUUUUAUAUGGGAAUAAUAACAAUAUUAAUAAUACAAAUAGCUAUACACUUUCAAGGUUCAAUAGUAUGACAGAUGAUGCACCUGCGGCUAAACACAGCAGGAAAAAGUCACGUUCUUCAAAAUCAAGCAAAAAGAGUUCGAAAAGUUUGGUUGGAGGUAUCACAGAUUCGCGUUUUGAAGUUGGACCAAAGGAAUAUUUUGGCUCAUAUUCGUCCCAUCCCAGAAGUCUUGCAGUUAAGAAGAUUAAGGGGAAAAAGGGAACAUCGGCUCCUAAAAGACCCGCGUUUGUGAUGAAAUUGUGGAACAUGGUGAAUGAUAAAUCGAAUAGCAAGUAUAUUUCGUGGAUGUCCGAUGGGAAAGCUUUUCAAGUAAAUGAUAGGGAAAGCUUCAUGAAAUAUGUUCUUCCAAAAUACUUCAAACAUAACAAUUUUGCGUCAUUUGUGCGACAACUUAAUAUGUAUGGCUGGCACAAGAUACAGGACGUGAACUCGGGGUCUCUGUUACAGGGUGAUGAGGUGUGGCAGUUUGAAAAUCCCAACUUCGUACGUGGCAGAGAAGAUUUACUUGAUCGUAUAGUGAGAAAUAAGCCAACAAAGGAAACAGAGGAAGACGAGCUGGAUAUUAAUGCACUUUUAGCGCAGCUGGAAUCUAUGAGAAAAAGUCAGAAACUUAUUGAAGAAGACCUGAGGCGUGUCAGAGAGGACAAUGAAAUGCUAUGGAAGGAAAAUUAUUUAGCCAGAGAGAGGCACAAAGCACAAUCCGAAACGCUCAACAAGAUUCUGCGAUUUUUGGCCACUGUGUAUGGCAGUAAUAGUGCCAAGUUUUUGGAUCAUAUGAAUGGUCCUGGUUCACCAGAAGCUCUUAAUUAUCCAGAAAAGCCGUCUUCCGCCCUUCAAACGCAGGAUGUGUAUAACUAUAACUACGGACCUCAAGUGUAUCGUCCAAGAUCGAAUACAGCUUCAAAUGGUCGUCUCUUGAUCAGUAACGAAGCUUAUUCGUCAAAGGCUCCAUCUGCAACGUCCAUCAAAGAUAUGAGUCAAGCUAUGGCUAGGGAUGCAAAAGCCUCCCAAGAGGCUCAGGAAAUUCAGGAAAUUCACAGAGGACCUGAAAACAGAAAUGAUCCUUACCUCAAUGAUACUCUUUUGCCUCAAUCUCCAGCUCUUGCUAAUUCUCCUAAAGGAUUCUUCCCGGAAUUGGUUCAUACUCCACAAAUCAAAUAUCAGCCUUUGGCUAUCAACCAAAGUCAAACAAAUAAUAGGGGAGACCUUUUUGGAGCAGAUAGUUUUAAUGAUGUACAGCAACAAAUUCCACAGCAGAAUCUACAGCAUCAACAACAUCGGUAUCAGCAUCAGCAUCAGCAUCAGGAAGCUGGAAGAAGUGAUUCCCUAAUAUCUAGGCCAGAGGAAUUGAUGGGUAAUAUUCAUAACCAGCUUAAUAAAAAUCAAGGAACUCUCAAACAAGUUAAUGAUUGGAUUACAAAAUUGUCUGGAAAGCCUAGUGAAGAAGUGUUAAGUGGCUCGCAAGAUGAGUUGAAUGACCUAUUAAUGCCCCAAUCUCUGGAAAUGAACGAUAACGCCGGAGAUCUUAACGUUCCUGACGUUGCCACGAGCAAUGGAAAUGAUAAUUCAGAAAUUACCAGUAACAGGAUAAAUGAAUUAUAUGAUGAAAUUGAAGAUAAUCUCAAAGACUCUCCUUCUAAUGUUUCACAAAUCGGAGGCCCGAGAUCUACAAAUGGUCACAAGAGGAAAGGAAGCAGUACGGGUAUACCAAGUUCUGGUUCAAAAAAGCAGAAGUUGUGA